AAAAAAAGGGCCACAAUCCAUAAUAGAGAACAAAUAUCUGAAGAGAGAAAAUCAGAGAAAUACGAAAGAACGAAUCUCCUCUCUCCGCCUCUCUCUUUCAGAGCUGAGCUGCAAAUACCUCCCCAAUCACCGACUCUUUCGUUUUCUUUCCACUUCCCGGGAAAGUUUCUCUGCAACUUAGACUGAUCUAGCAAGAGAGGAAACACAGGUGACAAUGUGGGGGAUCGUUGGACAAAGAGCUUGCCGCCAUGGCUCCUCCGCUAUGUCACUGCAAGUGACUCGCCCUGUUAUUCACGCGUUGAGGAGUUUCUCCACCGCAGCAAAAGAGAUGACAGUAAGGGAUGCUCUCAAUUCUGCCAUUGAUGAAGAAAUGUCUGCGGAUCCCAAAGUCUUUUUGAUGGGAGAGGAGGUUGGAGAGUAUCAAGGUGCAUACAAGAUCACUAAAGGCCUCUUGGAGAAGUAUGGUCCUGACAGAGUUCUUGAUACUCCAAUUACCGAGGCUGGCUUUACUGGUAUUGGAGUUGGUGCAGCUUAUCAUGGGCUUAAGCCCAUUGUAGAGUUCAUGACAUUCAACUUCUCCAUGCAGGCUAUUGAUCAUAUAAUCAAUUCUGCUGCAAAAUCAAAUUACAUGUCUGCUGGGCAGAUUUCUGUCCCUAUAGUCUUCAGGGGUCCAAAUGGUGCUGCUGCUGGAGUGGGUGCUCAGCAUUCGCAGUGUUAUGCACCAUGGUUUGCUUCCUGUCCUGGCCUGAAGGUCCUUGCUCCAUAUUCUUCAGAAGAUGCUCGCGGCCUUAUGAAGGCUGCUAUUAGAGAUCCAGAUCCAGUUGUCUUCCUAGAAAAUGAGCUCUUGUACGGAGAGUCGUUUCCAGUUUCAGCUGAAGUUCUUGAUUCCAGUUUCUGUCUUCCCAUAGGCAAAGCUAAGAUUGAAAGAGAAGGCAAGGAUGUAACCAUUACUGCUUUCUCAAAGAUGGUCGGAUAUGCUCUCAAGGCUGCUGAAAUUCUUUCUAAAGAAGGGAUAAGUGCAGAGGUUAUAAAUCUGCGAUCUAUUCGUCCCCUUGAUAGAGCCACGAUCAACAACUCUGUCAGGAAAACUAACAGACUGGUUACUGUUGAAGAAGGAUUUCCUCAACAUGGAAUUGGUGCUGAGAUAUGUGCAUCAGUGGUUGAGGAUAGCUUUGAAUAUCUUGAUGCGGCCAUUGAGAGGAUUGCAGGAGCUGAUGUUCCCAUGCCAUAUGCCGCAAACCUAGAGAGACUGGCUGUCCCACAGGUUGAAGAUAUUGUCCGUGCUGCCAAGAGGACUUGCUAUCGAUCAUCUUCAUUGGCUGCAACAGCAUAGUUUGCUGCAGAACCCCAGCAGCAUAAUUUGACUUGUCUUUUUCGGCGAACAUGACUGUUAUUCGUUUCCCAGUCUGCAUGGGGCCAAAGGUUAGGCAGCAAUCACCAUAUGGACUGGCUUAGCGGAUCCACUCUCAUGGUGGACCACAGUGAUGAAUAUAAAGGCACCUCUUUUCCCCAAGAAAAUAAAGAGUUCACCACACACCAUUUUUCAGCAACUUAUACCCCAGAAUGAUUGAUUGGUUGAUUGAUUUGCAUAGCUGUACUAGUUUCCAGGAUCGAACUGUUCGCCUAUCUUGUUAGCUUUCAUUUGUGAUGUGCAAAAGGUCUCUCUAUUAUCACAAGCUCGAGAAGUUGCUGGUGCAUUCUUCAUGGCUGAUAAGUGACGACUGUACAACUAAAUAAACUAAGUACAGGCCAAAAAUUUAUACACAAAAGCACUAGGUGCUGGUGCAUUGUUCAGGGCGCUUCGACACCAAUAUGCUUUAUCGGAUUGGUGUACAAAACCAAAUUGAGCAAAUUAACAGAGGAAUCCUCCCGCAAGAGAAGGGAGAACUGCAAUAGCUAAUCCUCGCUUUAUCUAUCUACCUACCUGUCUGCCUACGGCUCCCAAAAUUCUCCGACUUGCAUUUGAACAACAGAUCCAUUGAUAGCCCUAUUGUUGAACCAUUAAACGGACGAAGGAACUUCCUCGAUGGGCCUAUCUGGGCACUACCAUCCUUGCUGUUUCUCCUCCUCCUGGAAGAACCUCCAGAGCUACCAACACUUUUAGUAGAUGUCGAUGAUGCAUUUGAAGUAAACACCGACGAGCUGAAAGAUGUUUUGGGCAUCCCAUCAUCCACCAAACGACUGUCCUCCAACUUCUCCGUCCUGGUGUGGAGGUGGGAACUUCUCGCUUUUGCUCUUAGCAUUUGCUUGCGUCACAAGCCUCCAUCUCUGCAAUACCACAAAACAGAAUUAGAGGAGAGGAAAAGACAGUGAACGAGACGGCCAGCUGAGGGGGAACUCUUUUUACAUACAUCUACGUUUGCUGGAAUCUCAGCAUUAGCCUCAGGGGCCGGGACAGCACGACCAGGCCGAUUUCGAACUUUUCUGGCACCUUCAGCACCAUCAUUAUCUUUACCACUAAGUCCCCUUUGUCUUCUUGCUUCUUCAUCCCUCAAUUUCACAUCCAGUUCCUUGCUAGGCGGAUAAAUGGGCAAACUACAUGGCUAGCAAGCAACAGGUUCUGUGCUAAAGAACUUCACUAUUGAGAGCAGAAGUGGCAGUGCCUCGUUCCUCUGGGUCUAUCGAAAGCAAAGUCUGAAUCAAAGGCAUGGAAAAUGGUGAGCCACAUAACUUAAAUAUCUUGUGCAGUUGUUCAAUCUGUGUGUGCCAAAAGAAGAAGGAAUGUCAAUUUUCCAGCUGCUACAGCGCCACGCAUAUCAGAAACUGAAUCCCAUCCCAUAUCGUUCUGGCCAUCAAGUCAUGAUAUGUGAUUCAUAAACAGUUCAAAGCUUAACUUAGCAGAUAUCAUAUGUGCACGAAGAUUGCAAUAACUUUUCACAAGACUUCAAUGAAUACGUAUUUAUCCAAGUCAAAGGUGUCAGUAUCCCCUACAACGGCUACUUGUAGAGACUAGCUGAUAUGCUAACCAAAGAGAAACCAAUACCUCGGUCCGGCCAGACAUGAUUAGCUUCUUGGCAAGCAGCUCAGCCAAAAUGCGGCCAGCACUCCAAAGGUCAACGCCAACCCCAUAACAAGUUGCUCCUAGAAGAAGCUCUGGAGGUCGAUCCCACAGGGUAACAACUCGACUAGUCAUGAUAACCCUGCUUCCAGGAUCAUAGAAUGUAGCUAGACCGAAAUCAGCAAUUUUCAGUACACCCUCGUUAUUAAUGAGGAGAUUAGAACCCUUGAUGUCACGAUGCAGUACACCAUGACUGUGACAGUGUUCAAGCCCCGACAGCAACUGCUUAGUAUAGCAUUUUAUCUGUGGCUCACUGAACUUGACUCC